CGCCUGAGGCAGUGAAGACUCUGUGUCAAGUCUUACGUCAUCCGUUCGCCGCAGUCGGAAGCAUCGAGAGUGCAGCGCAAUUAGCUGUACUUGGCUGGCCUCGCAUUCUCCGCCCUUUGUUGUCUCUCACCCUCGCCCUCUGCUGUCUCCAUCUCACUGUCCUCCUAUUGCUCUUUAUUUCUCUUUCACUCAUCAUCAACCAGCUAGGCGAUGUCACUAGUGGUGUAUCAACUCGGUUAGCCCGCUCAUCAUGGCCUUGGAUUCUGCACUUCUGUCGGUGUCCACCCGUGCUUCCUAGUUUGGGUUUUGCGGCGGCUAACUAUCGUCCUUAGUUUUCGCCCAACGGAGUCUUUGAUACGUACUGCAAAGCGACGAUUCCUCCCUUUCGAUAUACCUAAUAACCACCACCAACUUCGUCAUUAUAUCAGCACCGCCGACCCUGAUAGGAUAUACGUUGUUUCUGAUAGGACUGUAUUUGCGAUCCAUAUAUCGACCUGCAAGGUAGAGACAAUAGCACUUGUGCCCCUGGGGCCAAGAUGUCUCGCUGCUGGGUAUGGUUGGAUUGGACUGGGUGGCGCGGAUAACGGAGAAUGCGCUUUUAUUAGGCUGGGCGAUUAUGCGACACGCGCGCAUGGUGCUACCUCAGGACUUCGACAUGCAGAUGUGGAUAGUGCGCUGCCGGUUGAUUUGGACGCAGCUACAAGGGCUUCAUCUCCCUGGGUAAUGGAUGAGGCAUCUAGCUCGUCCCCCCAUGCCGGCCGGAGGAUGCUUCCGGAGGUGCAGCUUCACAAAUUCGGAGGUACUAUUGUCAAUUCAGUGACCAUUCAUCGUUUCCCCGGUGAUGACAAGGGCUUUGCGGAUGAGGAUGUAGUUGUCCUCAGCAACAACGAUAAGACCGUUACACUAUACUCGUUAACCCGCUCAAAGGUCCUCAAAGUCAUCACCCAUCCGGCUUGUAUGAAUUAUGCCAUCAUAUCUCCAGAUUCAACUAUCCUUGCCGCUGUGGGGGACGAAAAUCGCGCUUACUUUUAUGGAGUGACGCGUAACCUAGAAUCCUCGGUCUUAACAGAACAGGGUGAAAAGCUUACUGGUUGGAAUUUGGACCUUCUGCGUUUCGUAAAAAUGGAUAUCGGAUCUCAGCCUGAUGACAAGUGCUGUUUUACGAUUGCCUUCUCCCCAUCCAGCCAUCUAUGUGCUAUCGGGUCUCAGUCUGGGAUUAUCACCGUAUUUGACGUCGCAAAGAUUCGCGACCAGUCAAAAGAGUCACGAGAUAGCGAUCCCGUGGUUUCUAUCUUCCGUUCUUCUAGAUUUGGAUUCGACGUCGGUGCUGUCCGUUGCAUGGGUUUCUCGCCCGAACCUUGGGACCUUUUAGUGUGGGUAGAGGAUCACGGCAGAGCUGGUGUUGCAGAUAUUCGCCAAGCGUUCCUCCGCAGGCAGAUUCUCAAACUGGAUUUGACCGAUCCAGACCUGCAAAAGGUUUCCCUGGAGUCUGUGCGAAAUUCGCCAGGACAUUUUGAGAUCCGGAACUUCGGUGAGCAGUCUUAUGAAGGCGAUAUGGUGCACCGGACAAUACUCGAUGCGAUUGUGGACCUAUCAGAGGGUCAGGCUGGGGAGAGCGCAGAGCGUUCCUCGUUGCGUGAAAGUCUGAUUCAAAAUCUUACUGAGAGGGAGUUGAUUGUAGAAUUCCUAAACACAGCACGCUGGCCAUCUAGAGCGGAGGACAUUCUGACAGGGCGGCCGACAAGAGCUAACGUCCAAACUCGCCCACGACCUCCUGGUUCUACAGAGGGUAGUAGUCGGGAACCUCGUCCUCCUUUACCUCCCCAUCAUGGUGCUAUUCAUGACUUCUUGGAGCAUAUGAACACUUUCGAGAACCCUCUAUCGCGUACCUCUGAUCCAGACGCUGGUGAUUCGGGUAUUACAAACUAUGAUUUAUCUAGUAACAGGCAGCACGAACCAUCGACUCGCAUACGUGCCGCUAUCGAUUCAGCCAUUCCCCCUGUUACAACUUUAGAAGCUCUUUCCCGCCAGAGACUGCAGCGAUCAACCUCGACUCCCCGGCGGUCUGAGCUAUCAGACGGCACACCUGAGGGUCGAUACGAUCGUAGCUUCAAUUCAGAAUUGAGAGCGAAUGUUGCAGCAGAGCGUCUUCGGCGACAACGCCAGCUGGCCAAUGAAGUGCACAACAGGACCAGUCCGUGGGAGCAACGGUACAGACAGCCAGCUAUGGGCUUUGAGCAACCACGGUCCUCUAGAUGGAGGAGUUUUGCGAAUGAAUCCCCGACUUUUGGGCUUCGGGAUAGGGAUCAGGAACCUGCCGGAACAGCAGGAAUUGGUUGGGGUGCGGAUGGGAGAACUCUGUACAUUGGAACGGUCGACGGGAUAUUUGAGUUUCAGAUUAACAUCCAUGAUCGCAAGACCUUCCCAGACUUCUCUUACCGCUAAAUGGAUUGGACAUACCGCAUUUGAUGCUCUUCACCCUUUACGCUUCUCCCCAAAAGGACAUAGCACUCUUCUCUCUGUUUAUUUCGUCUUCUUCGUCUCAUGCCGUUAUGCCUUUUCUAUUUCUAUUUUCAUUCAUUAUUUAAUCAUUUUCAUGGACACUCUCGGGUAAUUGAAGGACCUCAGGCACAGCAACAUUCUGGAGAUACCAAUUUGGAAGCAACAAAUUCUCUUUCUCUUUCCCUUGGCACUUACGUUGCAUGCAUGCAUUGCGCUUUCACACGGGUCUAUUUGGACUGUAAGCCUGUCUAUCUAUUUACUGCGCUUUUUUUGUCUCCUUUCUCGGUCUCUGGUCUUUGGGAUUUGGCAUCUGGGAAGUGGUUGCUUGGGCGUUCUUGCUUUUGCUUUUUCCUUGUCAGAAUCACCAUUGUCGUUGUCAUUACACAAAAUCUUCUUAGGUAAAUGUUUUUUGCCUCCAAUAUGUACCUUUAGUAACUGCCGAGAGGUGUCAUGAGAAUUUAUUGAGUUUACAUACAUGAAUACCUACUUUUACUCUGUUGAAUAGAAUUGCAUACAUCAUGAUGAUGUUCGUCUGCUCCUGUUCUCUACUGUGAUCAUCUGAGUUGC